UUUGCUGAUCUUGCCAUGAGUUACAAACAUGGAGAACCUAUACCACGUGUAGAGUUUACAGAGGAAGAGGUGAAGACGUGGGGUGUCGUUUUUCGGGAGCUGAAUAAGCUGUACCCCACACAUGCCUGUCGAGAGUACCUGAACAACCUGCCUCUGCUCACCCAGUACUGUGGCUACAGAGAGGACAACAUACCACAGCUGAAGGACGUGUCCAACUUCCUGAGAGAGCGAACUGGCUUCACCAUUCGCCCUGUUGCUGGGUACUUGUCACCGAGAGACUUUCUGGCUGGUCUGGCCUUCAGAGUGUUUCACUGUACACAAUAU